AUGAACAGAAAUACUAUGCUUAAUAACUUGCUUAAAACUUCGAGACGUGCUAUGAUCACUUCCAGGGCGUUAGCGAAAGAAUCAAUUUCUAAUAAGACAUCCGUGGAUUACUGUGCAAAUAUCGUAAAGCAGCAUGACUACGAAAACUUUUUGGCAACUCUACUCAUGACAAAUUCAAUUCGUUCACCUGCGUUUGUAAUAAGAGCUUUUAAUGUAGAAAUAGCUCGUAUACAAGAUCGAACAAGUGAUGUACAGACUGCUGCAUUUCGAUUACAAUUUUGGCAUGAUGCAGUCAAAGAUAUGUUUAAGGCAGAACAGACGUUACAAAAUAUUCCUGCUAAUCCAAUAGCACAAGAGUUAUUUAAGGUAUCUUGCUGUUGUGGCAUCCAGAAGAGACAUUUAGAAAAACUUAUAUCAUCAAGAAGCCAUAUUUUAAAAUCUAAACAUUUUCAAAGCUUAGAAGAUAUUGAGAAAUAUGCUGAAGAAUCUGUGUCCUCAAUAUAUUAUUUGCUAUUAAGUGUAGCAGAUAUAGCCAAUGUCCACGCUGACCAUGCUGCAUCUCAUUUAGGAAAAGCUCAAGGAAUAGCAAAUAUUCUAAGGUCUGUUUAUAUAUCCAGCAUGCAUAGAAUGGUUUCUCUACCAAUGGACAUUCUAAUGAAAAAUAAAAUCAGUCAAGAAGAUGUGCUGAGGGGUGUUAAUAAUGAAAACAUGAGGAAUGUUGUAUUUGAGGUUGCAAGUAGAGCAAAUAGUCAUUUACAGAAGGCAAAAAGCAUUGACGUGCCGAAAACUGCAAGACAGAUAUUUUUGCCAGCAAUAACAGUUGAACAGUAUCUGACUAAACUACAGAAAAAUAACUUUGAUAUAUUUGACAAAUCACUACUACAGAGCAGUCCCUUUUUACCACUUAGAUUGUAUUACAAUAGGAUGCUAAACAAAUUUUAA